AUGACUUCUACUGGGAAGCCGCCUCUGGAUGACCCCCGUCGUGGAACGGGGUCACCAAAAAUCAAAUCACGAGAGAAUGCGAAAGACACAUUAUGCCGAAAUGUGACCAUCUAUGGUCGAUGCCGGUAUGAAGAUAAAGGAUGCGCUUUUAAUCACGAUCCGCAUAAAGUUAAUGCAGCAUACCAAGACAGCAACAAAAGACGCCUGAAUGUCGACUCCCCGAGCUUUACACCUUCGCUUUUGUCUUCCAAUGGAUCCUCUCCGACCACCUCUUCCGCAACAACGAAGAAAGUCACCACUAUAUCCCCGAAAGCCGCAAACGCGGCCCCCUUCCAGCCUCGAAAUAUAUCUUCCCGAUCCAACACGAGCACGCCGUCUGCUCGACAAGAAACAAUGUCCCCUGACUGGUCUGUAGCCGAAGUACAGGAAUUUGUUCCUCAGGCCUUCGACACCAGUCACCUGGCCUCGCUGCAAGGAAAUGGAAACGGCAGUGUCCCUGCAGCAAGUCCUUUUGAUCCUUUUGUGACUGCCCCAAAUCCCCUUUCCGCAGCCAGUGCUGUUAGUUCCGUUCAAGCAAACGCCUUCCCGCAUGAUACUGCAGCCGCGGCUGCUGCUCUAGGGGGAGCCGCAUUUUUUGCUGGGCAGUCUGGCUUCCAGCAACCGGUCCAAUAUCAUCUAUACGCCCCCAUAGGUCCCCAUAGCCAAAAUACCCUGGGCUAUCAGCGGAAUGUUCAUGAUCUUUUCCUCCCAAAUGAAUUCCGAGAGGAACUACAGAAAAAAACAGCAGCUACGCUACAAAUUUUACCCAAUACCCAACUACCAGCGCAAGUAGAUUACUUCCAUUCUCUUGUCCCUCUGGAUUUGAAUCACCAGAAAAAUGCUGCAAUUUUUGGGUUUCCCAGCUGGGUUUACAAAGCGCAAUCCAGUAAAGAUGGUAAUUUCUAUGCUCUGCGACGACUGGAAGGCUUUCGAUUGACAAACGAGAAAGCCAUCCGGUCAGUUCAGGCUUGGAAACGAGUAUGCAACGGCAGUGUUGUUACAGUUCACGAUGCCUUCACCAGUCGAAGCUUCCAGGACAGCUCGUUAAUCUUCGUUACUGACUAUCACCCACUUUCUAAAACGCUUGCAGAACAGCAUCUUGGUUCGGGAGCAAGGUUUCAAGGUCGUCACAAUGCGCAUAUACCGGAGCAGGUCCUGUGGGGCUACAUGACCCAGAUUGCCAAUGGUCUCAAAGCGAUUCAUAGUAACGGGCUUGCUGCAAGGGUCAUUGAACCCAGCAAGAUUCUCCUGACCGGCAGAAAUCGCAUUCGCAUCAACGCUUGCGCUAUUCUGGACGUGGUCCAGUACGACAGCCAACGCUCCGUCGGAGACCUCCAACGCCAGGAUCUAGUCAACUUCGGACAGCUUAUUGUAACGUUGGGGGCUAAUUCACCGAACGUAAUGCACAACCCGACCAAAGCCAUGGAACACUUUACACGUGCCUACAGUCCCCAGCUUAAGAAUUCGGUGUUCUGGUUGCUCAACGGCAUGCAGAAGGAUCAGGACCGCAACAUUGACAUUUUUAUUACUGGUAUCUCAUCGCAGUUGAUGUCGACCUUUGACUCUGCUCUCCACCUUGACGACGAACUGACUUCAGAUUUGAGUCGAGAACUUGAGAACGGCCGUCUCGUGAGAUUGUUGACCAAAUUGAAUCUCGUGAACGAGCGGCCUGAAUAUGAGCAUGAUAGGCAAUGGUCCGAGAAUGGGGAGCGGUAUUUCCUGAAAAUAUUUCGGGAUUACGUUUUCCACCAGGUGGAUGCUCAGGGAGACCCUGUCGUUGACAUGGGGCACGUGCUCACAUGUCUGAAUAAGUUGGACGCAGGGACGGACGAGAAGAUCGCAUUAGUGAGCCGUGAUGAGCAGAGUUGCUUUAUUGUCAGCUACAAGGAGCUGAAGAAGGCUCUUGAGUCAUCAUUUCAGGCGCUUCUAAAGCCGUCUCGGAGGCUCCACUGA